CCCACCUAGUCUCUCGAUCUGAGUUGCUUCUUCUUUCUCUUCUUUGUCGGCCAUCAGAAACAACUGUAUAUCCUAUCUCACACCCCAUUCGGCGAAGACAUGAUGAAGCCCUACCACCUUGCCGUGGCUCUCCUAGCUGGUCUGAGCUUAGUUGCGGCUCAGGGUAUGGGGAGUCUUCCAGCCUGUGCGAGGGACUGUGCCACCGGUGCUAUCCCAAAGAGUUGCAGUGCCAUUGAUGUCAGCUGCAUUUGCUCCAAUGCGUCUUUCAUCACCAGUAUUUCCUGUUGCGUCGCUACUGCUUGCUCUGAGCAGGACCAGAAGUCUGCCAUCACUUUUGCACAGCAGAUCUGCAGUGGCGCCGGCGUAACUGACCUUCCCCAGAACGCCGGCUGUACAAGUGGGAGCACAACAACUGCUACGGGGCAAAGUACAACAAAUACUGGCGCUUCUGCCACUACUUCUUCCAGUGCAACUAACGGGACCAACCUCGACUCUCCCAACACUGCCGCUUCCGAAAGUGCUACCAAAACGGGAACAACCGCACAGUCAGUGAAAACGCAGGCGACUACCGCAACUGAUAAGAAUGCGGCAAGCAGCGCAACAGCCAGUAGCGCUGCUGGUACGCUCUUGGGUGAUCCUAAUGCUGGCCUUGCUGCAGUCGUUGGUGCAGCCCUCUACGGUUUGCUUGCUUAAGGAUCCCCAGACGCUGGGCUAUCUGAUGGUGUUAUGAGUGGUAGGCGGGCGGAGAUCAAUCUCCUACAUCGUGAAUUACAUAGCAGCUUCACCAUCCUAUGAAUAAUUUUUCUUCAUGCACGCUGGGCCAAAAUACAUGGCGGCUAAUCGUACCAUGUUCAAUAUUC